AUGGGCAUCAUACUCACCGAUGAAGAGCGGACCCACCUCCGCAGGGUCGAAGGAGAUUUACCACCAACACCACCAGAAACCGUAGAUGGUGACAAGUCGACACCUGAUCCCACGGACUUUCCUCUGCCACCGCCAACCUCAAUUCCUACAGACGUCCUCGAUAUCGAUAAGAAGACCCCGGAUCGUCAUGUACCACGAGAUCCAAGGCUCAUCAGACUCACUGGGGUCCAUCCAUUCAACGUAGAAGCGCCACUUACAGACCUCUUCAACGAAGGCUUUUUGACCAGCCCGGAGCUCUUCUACGUCCGAAACCAUGGUGCCGUGCCGGAAGUCAGAGAUGAGGACAUUCCAGACUGGGAGGUCACCGUGGAAGGCCUUGUGGAAAACCCAAUGAAACUGACUUUGAGGGAUCUCAUAUCCGACUAUGAGCAGGUCACAUGCCCAAUCACCUUGGUUUGCGCCGGUAACAGGCGGAAAGAGCAGAACGUAGUUCGGAAAACUAAAGGUUUCUCUUGGGGCCCGGCCGGUGUUUCGACAGCGCUGUUCACUGGUGUAGUCAUGGCAGACCUGAUGAAGAAAGCAAAGCCGCUGCGGAGUGCGAGAUAUGUCUGCAUGGAGGGCGCCGAUAAAUUACCGAACGGCUACUAUGGCACUUCAGUCAAGCUCAACUGGGUCAUGGAUCCGAACAGGGGCAUGAUGCUUGCGCACAAAAUGAAUGGCGAGAUGCUCCGACCUGAUCACGGCAAGCCACUGAGAGCGGUCAUUCCGGGCCAGAUUGGUGGUCGUAGCGUGAAGUGGUUGAAGCAUCUUAUCAUCACAGACAAGCCCAGCGACAACUGGUACCACAUCUACGACAACCGCGUAUUGCCUACUUCCGUUUCCCCGGACGAGGCAGCCAACAAGCCGGAAUGGUGGAUGGAUGAACGCUACGCUAUCUACGACCUUAGCACGAAUUCCGCUAUCGCAUAUCCGGCGCAUGAGGAGCAGCUCUGUCUGGUCGGCGCGCCUGCAAAUUACCGCGUAAAAGGCUACGCAUAUGGGGGCGGUGGCCGCCGGGUGACGCGAGUUGAGGUAUCGAUAGACAAGGGAAAAACAUGGAGACUUUCCAACAUCGACUAUGCCGAAGAUCGAUACCGGGAAGCCGGACUACAGGAGCUCUAUGGUGGCACCCUCGACAUGACGUGGCGGGAAAGCUCGUUCUGCUGGUGCUUCUGGAGUAUCGACAUUCCGGUCAGCGAGCUGAGAGAUGCAAAAGACGUUCUCGUGCGUGCGAUGGACGAAAGUAUGAACUUGCAGCCGAGAGACAUGUACUGGUCUGUGCUGGGCAUGAUGAACAAUCCUUGGUAUCGAAUCGCCAUCAACAAAGAGAACGAUUUCCUUCGCUUCGAGCAUCCUACGCAGCCAGCGCUGAUGCCAGGAGGGUGGAUGGAAAGAGUGAAGAAAGCGGGUGGCAACCUCAUGAAUGGCUAUUGGGGCGAGAAACUUGGCAGCGAGGAUGCAGCGGAGCCGGUAACGGAGCAAGCUGGGGAUGUCAAGAUGACCAAGGAGGGAGUCAACAGAGAGAUCACCAUUGACGAGUUGAGGAAGCACGAUGGCACAGAGAACCCUUGGUUUGUGGUGAACGGUGAGGUUUACGAUGGUACCGCGUUCAUGGAAGGUCAUCCUGGCGGCGCUCAAAGCAUUGUAUCCGCGGCCGGCAUGGACGCUUCUGAUGAGUUCAUGGCAAUCCAUAGCGAGACGGCUAAGGGCAUGAUGCCAGGCUACCACGUUGGCUCGCUGGACGAAGCGUCGAGGAAAGUGCUCAGUGAAGGCGACGUCCAACCCGAUCCAUCAGCAGGACCACGCGAGAGCUUCCUCGACUCUCGGGCCUGGAGGAAAGCAACGCUCCACGCGAAGAAGAUCGUAUCCUGGGACACCCGAAUUUUUACGUUCAAGUUGGAACAUGACGACCAGAAGCUGGGUUUACCGACCGGCCAGCACCUGAUGAUACGGCUGCGCGAUCCCGUAACACGGGAGGCAAUCAUCCGAAGCUACACGCCAAUCUCCCAGACAGACAAGAAGGGCUACCUCGACGUGCUUGUCAAAGUCUACUUCGACACCAAGGAUCGUGCUGGCGGCAAGAUGACCAAAGCCAUGGACUCUUUACCGGUUGGUCAUGGGGUCGAUUUCAAAGGCCCCAUCGGCAAGUUUGAGUAUCUUGGCCGCGGUGAGUGCGCCGUAAACGGCCGGAGACGCCACGUUAAGCAGUUCUUCAUGAUCUGUGGCGGCAGCGGCAUCACACCUGUGUUCCAAGUGUACAGAGCAAUCAUGCAGGACAAGGAGGAUAAGACGCGUUGCGUCUUGCUCGACGGCAACCGACUUGCCGAGGACAUUCUGUGCAAAGAAGAUUUAGAUACCUACGCCCUCGGCAAUGAAGAGAAGUGCAAGCUUCUGUACACGCUGACUCAAGCGUCAGACGACUGGAAAGGCCUCAAGGGACGGAUAGCAGCCCCACUGCUCAAGGAACAUAUCCUUAGGGGAGAAUCAUCUAUGGUGCUGAUUUGCGGGCCCGAAGCGUUGGAGAAAAGCGUGCAUAUUGCGUUGAACGAGCAAGGUUGGCUUGACGAAGAUCUCUUGUUCUUCUGA